AUGAAGUGGAGCAAACGCCUUUCAAGGACUAAUCACUCAGCCUUUACUGAGGCGUUGAUGAAGCUCCAGAGUGUAGUCAAAUACAGCUCAAGGCCAUUGUCACUGGCAGCCUACGGCGACGAAAGUUCCUUCCCCAGAACACUUCUGAAGCCCAGCCUUCUUCCCGUGUUGCAAAUAUUUCUUUCAUUCGUCUACUCCCUUGCUCUUAUCACUUUGAAUCAUGAAUUAUACGCACCUAGAGCUUUCGCCCAGCCAGAAGGUCCGAAAGUACUCACUGAUGGUAAAUCCUCAAAGCUUGACCCUGGCAUGGUUUCGUUUUCUCGCCAACCCAAUUAUUGGGAGAGGCCUAGAUUGGCUCCACCAACCCAUGGCCUUUCACCGGCUGCUUUGCCUGCACGCUUUCCGGGUGCCUUGACACCAGCUAUUUUAUCCUUUUCGCCAACUAUAUCGCCUGGGACCCUUCCUCCAGCUGUAUCGCCUGAGCACUAUCAGUCAUCUGCAGCGCCUGGUAGUUACUUCCCGCCAACUUUGUCAUCUGGAUAUCUUCCAAACGGCCAGGUCAUCUCGUCAAGUCCGAGUCAAAUACACCCAAAUGUCACGCGAUCGUCACUCAUGCAAACAAAAUCCUAUCCACAGAUGGAGAUGGAUCGUGUUAGUAGACAGCUCUUAGAGCAAGACCGCUCGUCAUGUCAACAACAUACAGCCCAUGCGACGUCCUACCUUGCUCCACGGCAUAUUCUGCCACUACACUUCGCUUCAGCCCCGAAUACACCCCGAUUGCCCGUGCAGAACUACCCGCAGUGCUGUCCAACUGAAGCUACUUCUCAGCCUGGGAUGUUGAGACCGCCAUACCUCGGCCUACCAGGACGCCCAGAAUCACGACAACUCCCAGGCCCGAAUGAGGGUGCCCCACGCCAUAUACAGGAUUACGGAAAAGCAGACGAUGAGAACAAGAAGCGUACGACAUUCUACUACUCCACUCUUCGCCCUGAAGCACCCGAGUUUAUACCCAGUCGCAUGAGACGCAGCCACCUGUUCGUGCCUCAGUCGUCUCAUACUCCCAGUUACCCUCCUCACCUUCAAGGCAACAACAGCAAUGCACUGAAGUCGAAUCAGGGAUCUCGCAUUCAUACACCUAGAGCUUUCCACUACCCUUUCAUUGUAUGAGAGGAGGAAU